AUGGAUGAAAAUCUAUUGAGUAACCACAGUGUGAUUGAUAAUAAUAGCUUGAUAACAAUAUCACCUGCAGUCUCUCUAAACGUGGUAACGUUAUCACCAUUCCAAAUUACGUUUCUGACGCUUUAUAUUACGCUUGGUUUAGUUGGUUUGGUAGGCAAUCUGGUAGUUGUCGCUAGUUUAUUGAUCGGUAAGCAUAAACUGCAAAAGGCAACGGAUAUCUUACUUUUAAACUUAGCCCUUGCUGGUUUACUGAUCUCUGUUUUUCAUAUCCCAUGGAUGCUAGUGACUCAAAUUUUCACUUCAGGCGUUUGGCUGUUUGGCCAGGCAAUGUGUAAAAUUUAUAAUACUGUUACUUUGUUCUCUGUGCUCUUGAUAUCAUUUACUCAAAUGGCCAUUUGUAUCGAUCGUUAUAAUGGUCUGAGGGGUAUAGCAAAAUUAAAGUGGCGAUUAACAAUUCGACGGGCAGUACUAGUUGUGAUUAUCAUUUGGUUGAGUGCUCUGGCAAUGUGUUAUCCAUACUUACGCUAUCUAUCUGUUAUGCCAAGCAAUUUUGAUAAUCAGUCUUAUUGCUUAUUAGAUUUGCCCCUUGUUCCUAUGGAUUUUUCCAUCAAUGAGAAACAUGUUAGUUUCGUUUAUUUUAUUUGCGCCGUUAUUUACUUGCUGGUUGCUUAUGUAAUCCCCUGCAUAACUAUGACUAUCUUAUACGUUCUCAUUAUACGUAUCUUGCGCAAGCAACGAUUUAAAGCUAAUUUUUUAAAGCAUCUUUAUCAACAGUCGAUAUUCGUGCAUAACUUGGUUAGGAAAGAGAGGGUAGCGAAAAUAUUUAUAACAUGUGUCGUCUUUUUCUUUGUUUGCAACCUACCAAGUAGCAUUUUCUUGUUAUUUCUCUUAACUCAUAUUAUUUCACGAGAAGUUUAUAUUAAAGUACGACCAUUCCUAGCUAUAAUUCAAAUAUUUGGUGUCGUUUCCAACGCUAUCCUGUAUGGUUCUGUAAAUACGAGGGUUAAAAGGUCUUCAAGUAGUAUAAGGCGCAAGAUUGGCGGCACAUUAUCACCAAGUAUGUCAAAUGCAAAGAUCAAUCUUAGGAAAAGGCGAUUUAAACCAAAGACUCUUAAAUCUAGUUUAUCGCAAUCCCAUUAG